UCAUCCAUUUUCUUUAUGGCUUUGAUUCCAUCAGCUUCUUCUUCUUCUUCUUCUUCCAAGGAACGGAAAUACAAUGUUUUUCUCAGUUUUAGAGGCGAGGACACUCGCACAAAAUUUACAGAUCAUCUAUAUGCUGGUUUAAUACAAAAAGGAAUAUCAACUUUUAGAGACAAUGAAAAACUCAAGCAAGGAACACUAAUUGCCCCAGAACUCUUGAAAGCAAUAGAAGAAUCAAGAUUUGCGGUUGUUAUUCUAUCAAGAGACUAUGCUUCUUCAAGGUGGUGCUUGAUUGAACUAACAAAAAUUGUUGAGUGCAUAGAAGAGACGGGGUUGGUAGUUCUACCUAUUUUUCACUAUGUGGAUCCUAGUGAUGUGAGGAAUCAUAAAGGGAUUUUUGCAAAAGCCUUUGCUAAACAUGAAGAGAGUUUCAAAGAUAAUAUAGAAAUUGUACAAACGUGGAAAGCUGCUCUAACAAAGGUUGCCAAUCUUGCUAGAUGGGAUUUAAAGAAUAAGCAUGAAUCAAUAGUUAUCCAAGAAAUCAUUGGACGGAUAUUUAGUGAGUUGUAUAGUAAAUUCUCAAGUGUUUCUGAGGAACUUGUUGGAAUGGAGUCCUGCGUGGAGAAAAUGUUGGAUUCAUAUUUAGGUAGAGGGUUGGGUAGUGUUUGCUUUGUUGGGAUCUGCGGGAUGGGUGGAAUAGGCAAAACAACUCUUGCACAAGAAAUUUAUAAAAGAAUUUCUGGUAACUUUGAAGCUAGUAGCUUUAUUGCUAAUAUUAGAGAAGAAACCAAAAAUCAAGGUCUAGUUUCUUUACAAAAACAAUUUCUUUCUAAGAUCCUCAAGAAAAGUGAAAUAAAUAUAUGGAAUGUUUUUGAGGGAAUCAAUAUUAUACGGAAUACACUAUGUAAUAAAAGGGUUUUUAUUGUUCUUGAUGAUGUGGAUAAAGAAGAACAGUUUGAAGCAUUAGCAGGAAAGCAUGAUUGGUUUGGUCCAGGAAGUAGAAUCAUUGUAACAAGCGGAGAUAGUCAUUUAUUGAUAAGAUGUGGUGUGAAUGAUAUAUAUACAGCUAAGGGGUUGAGUAAUGAUGAUGCUUUGCAACUUUUUAGUUGGAGAGCUUUCCAUAAACCUUAUCCUGAAGAAGAUUAUGUGAAUUUGUCUAAUGACUUUGUGAAUUAUGCUAAUGGCCUUCCUUUAGCUCUUAAAGUUUUAGGUUCAUCGUUGUUUGCUAAAAGAACAAAUGAAUGGAAAAGUGCCCUUGAUAAACUUAAAAAAGAACCUAAUAAAGACAUUUUGGAUAUACUUGAAAUAAGUUUUGAUGGGCUAACAAAUUCACAGAAAGGAUUGUUUUUAGAUAUUGCAUGUUUUUUCAAAGGAGAGAACAAAGAUAGCAUAAGAGAUAUACUGGAAAGUUUUGGCUAUUAUCCAGACUACAAUAUUGGUGUUCUUAUGGACAAAUCUCUCAUAACCAUUGAUAACAAAAGAGCUUUGUGGAUGCAUGAUUUGCUACAAGAUAUGGGUCAAGAAAUUGUUCUUCGUGAAUCUCCUAAAGAGCCUGGUGGACGUAGUAGGCUGUGGACUUACGAGGAUGUCAUUCAUGUAUUAAAGAAUAAUACUGGAACAGAGGUAGUUGAAGGCAUAAUGCUAAAUAUACCUAUUCAAAAAAAGGAACAAUUAAGUGCUGAAGCUUUCUCAAAGAUGAAGUUUUUGAGAUUGCUUAAAAUUGGUAAUAAGGAACUUCUAAAAAACUUCAUAAAUGGUCCUAUGCAACUACCAGAAGACAUUCUUGGAGGUGUGGUGCAACUUCCACAAGGCCUUAGUUAUCUAUCUAAUGAGUUGUGUGUUCUUGAAUGGCAUGGAUAUCAUUUAAAAUGCAUACCAACCAAUUUCCAACCAAACAAAGUUGUUGAGUUGAGAAUGCGUUGUAGUGGGAUCAAAGAACUAUGGAAAGGAAAUAUGAAUUUAGCUGAGUUAAAACUCAUAGACCUAAGUUGCUCUCGAAACUUGAUUGAGAUCCCGGACCUUAGUGGAGCCCCAAAGCUUAAGCAAUUGAUUCUUCAACAUUGUACAAGACUAUAUAAGAUUCACUCAUCUCUUGGAGAUCUCAAACAACUAAUUCGAUUGGAUCUAAAUGGUUGCAAAUAUCUCAAAAACCUUCCUCACGAGGUCAGCUUGGAAGCACUUGAAAUUUUCGAUCUUGGUGGUUGUUCAAGAUUGAAGAAGUUUCCAAAAAUUGUAGGAAAUAUGUCAUGUUUGUCAAAACUUUGUUUGAGUGAGACUGCUAUAAAUGAACUAACAUUCUCUGCGGAGUAUUUAACUGGCCUUAUUGAAUUGGAUUUAAGAAAUUGCAAAAAUCUUUUUAGUCUUUCAGAUGCCUACUGUUGUUUAAUAUCUUUGAAGAUUCUCAUUUUAUCUGGUUGUUCAAAUCUUAAAAAACUACCAGAAAAUUUGGGGAAUAUCGAAGGUUUGGAGGAGCUAGAUGUGAGUGGAACUGCUAUAAUAAGGCUACCUUCGUCUAUUGUUCAAUUAAAAAAUCUUAGGGUGCUAUCUCUUCGUGAAUGUGUGGGGCUAUUGUCCAAAUCGUCUAUGCUUCUUAGUUUUCCUUUAAUGGAGCCAAGAAGUAGUCCAGAUCUCAUGGGCAUGUUACAAGGCUUAUGUUUAACCAAUUUGGAUCUAAGCUAUUGCAAUCUUCAGACAAUUCCUAAUGCUCUUGGGUGCUUGUCAACUUUAGAAAAUUUAAAUCUAAAGGGAAAUAAAUUUGUUUGCCUUCCUGAAAGUAUCAUUCAACUAUCUAAUUUGGAAAGUCUUUGUUUGGAUGGUUGCACUCAACUUCGAAUGUGUCCCAAGCUUCCAUUAAAUAUUAAGUUUAUCAAUGCAAGAGGGUGUACCUCACUAGAAACAUUAUCACUAAGACCAGAACAUGAUUUUGAGCCGAAUCUACAUCUUCAGUAUUGCGACAAAUUGAUUAAGAAUGAAGGCUACAGUGAACUGUUUUCAACAAUGUUGAGACGUUAUAUCAUUAAGGGAUGGUCCUUAAGUCGUUAUAUCAUUCAGGAAUGCUCUCAGCUAAAGCUAAAUCCUUAUAAUAUUAGAGGGGAAUGCUAUCAGCUAAAGCCAAGACAUGCUAUGAUUUUAGAGAUAAGCUCUUGGUCUUUUUCAUAUCUCGCAAUUCCUGGAAGUGAAAUUCCGAAUUGGUUUAGGCAUCGAAAUGUGGGGAUUUCGGUGAAUCUGGAAGUGCCUUCACAUUUAUUAUUAUCUAACAAAUUUAUGGGAAUUGCUGUGUGCACUGUUUUUAUACCCCGCCGGUAUCGUACACUUUACCAACUUCACGGAGAAGAGCUACUUUCAUGUCGAAUUAAAAUCAACAAACGUUAUCUUAUUAGACGGGCCACUUUAUUAUCCGCGGAAAUUGAUAAGAUUGAAUCGUCUCAGAUUUAUCUGCUAUAUUUUCCCACUAUAAACUUUGGAAGCCCCUGGAAAGACGUAUUGAAUCAAGCAGAUGCUUAUGCACUCAACCAAAUUGAGGUUGAAUUUAGAACCUUAAUUCCUUAUGCAUCCAGCCAAUUGGAGAUUACGAAAUGUGGAGCCCAUUUGGUAUUUGAGCAAGACAUUGAAGAUCUCAAACAAUCUGAGGUUGGGUCUAGUAGUUGCAUAAUCACUCCAUAUGAGGAUAAUGAUUUAGACGAUUCAGAGAAAGAUUCUAAAAUUAAGGGAGGCCCAGAUGCCAAACCACCACAUCUGAAGUGGAUAGGAAGACGGCAGAGACAAUUGUACUACCGUCUUUGAGCGUCUCUGGGGUUGAUGCUGAUGAUGACGGAGUGGAACUGGGUUUGGUGCUAUUUCUGUUUGGCUACAAGGAAACUUGAGGUUCCAGUUGGUGCUAUGCCAGAAAACUUUGGAGGAGAAUAUUAUUGUUUUUUUGGGGACGAGCAUAUGCAUAUGUGUCAUCCUCGCCCCUAUGGUAGGUUCUGGUUCAGCAGAUGCCUGUGAAUUGACUAUUUUCUUCUGGACGUAAAGAGGACUUGCUGAUGACUGUGCAGAAGUGCUGGUUGUUUCUGCUUCUGCUGAUGACUGUGCUGUUAAGCCUUUGGCAAGUUCAGCCACUAAGUGGGCAAAGAGGCGCUUUUUAUAGGAUGUAUUCCAAUUGAAGCUACUGUUGAUAAUAUGCAGUUGCAUUUCAAUCAGUUUGGCUAUCUUUUGGAUGUGUAUCUUCCCAAGGAUGAAAGAAAAAUGUGUCAUAGGGGGUUCGGUUUUGUGACAUUGUCGGAUGAAUUUUCAGCUGAGUACACUUCUCAGAAAGUACAUGGGAUACUUGGGCAGGUGUGUGUUAGUAGAUGUUAUCACGUAUAUGAUAGAUAGGUGCUUGGGCCCAAUAGACACUCAUGUGGGUAGCCGAGUAUCAAAGGAAAGAGCCUCAAGAGUUUCUUAUGCAGAGCAGUUUGGUGUGCUACUGUCUAUGACAUGAUUCACAUAUGGUCUCAGUCUCUCAGAGAAACUCAAGAAUUCAUGGAGAGGUCAAAACAGAGGAAAUCAAAGUGAAGAGAUAAGAAAGGAUGUCAAGUUUUGGAUGAUGUUCAAAGGAAGUUGCUGCAACUGUAUCCUAACCUAUACAGAGUAAUUUGUUCUAACUGGAGUGUACCACAUUACAUCAUUCAUGACUUCUGCUUAAAAGCUUGCUAGUAGCUGGGGUUUGUGGUUGGUUUGUUUUUAAAACAAGAUGUUGUGUAAGAUUAGCACCAAUCUGAUGCUCUAGUUUAGUCCGAAGACUCAUAUCUUUGUUUAGAAUUGGGUUGGGAUGAUGUAACACUGUUUUCAAAUGGAGAUAAUCUUUUAAUUUUUAGUUCAGAUGACCUUGUUGUAGCGGACUAGCUGAAGUCUCAGGGUUUCCGGUUUUUCUGUUUGUAUUGGCUUGUUUCAUAACACUAAUAAUUUAUUAAUAUGUUUGAUUAUUGCA